UCCUAAUUAAAUCAAAUACAAAUAAAAAAUUGAAUUAAAUUGUAAAAUUAUAAGACUUUGCUCUUUAAUUAAAACUUUUUUUGUAAAUUAUUAAUUUAAUUAAGUAAAUUAAUAAAAAUUCAAAUUAAAAAGGAAGAAAAAAAAAAUUUGUUAAUUUUUUUUUUCCUAUAAUAACUUAAUAAAGUAGAUAAACACAAACCUAUAAACCUUUAAAAAGAAGGACAAAUAUAUUUUCAAAAUGGAAAAGAACUUCACAUCAGAUUAUGAUUUUGCAGCAAAUAUUGUUCAAAUUGCAUUUGAUGAAUUAGAACAACAUCAUGCAACUAGAAAUUAUACUGGAUUAAUAACAAGAUAUUAUAGAUUAGUGGAAGCUGACUAUGGAGAUCCUAGAGCAGUUAAAUACCCAUUUAUGGAUAGUCCUUUACCCACAAUAGGUAUGGUUUUAACAUAUUUAGCAUGGGUAUUAGUCAUAGGUCCUAGAUAUAUGAGAGAUAGAAAACCAAUGCAACUUAGAACUACAUUAAUAUAUUAUAAUGCUUUCCAAGUACUUUUAAGCGGAUAUAUGUUCUAUGAGCAUUUAAUGGCUGGCUGGUUAAAUUAUUAUAAUUUAAAAUGUCAACCGGUUGAUUAUUCAGAUGGACCAAUGUCAAGACGGAUGCUUAAUUUGUGCUAUAUUUAUUAUUUAUCAAAACUGACUGAAUUCGCCGAUACAGUGUUCUUUGUAUUAAGAAAGAAAAAAUCUCAAAUUACAUGGUUACAUGUUUAUCAUCAUUCGUUGACACCACUUGAAACAUGGGUUUUAGUCAAAUUUUUAGCAGGUGGAAACGCGACAUUCCCAAAUAUUCUUAAUAAUUUUGUACAUGUAUGUAUGUAUUUCUAUUAUAUGAUGGCUGCUAUGGGACCACAAUAUUCAAAGUUUCUCUGGUGGAAAAAAUAUAUGACAGAACUUCAAAUCGCUCAGUUUAUUCUUUGCAUCAUUCAUACAACGCGUGCCUUAUUAAAUACUCAAUGUCAAUUCUCAAAAUUCAUUUCAGCUUUAUUAUUACUUAAUGCAUCAAUAUUCUUCUGCUUAUUUAUGAAUUUCUAUGUUCAAAAUUAUAACAAAACAGCAGCUUUAUUAACAAAAAAUACAAUGGUACCACAACAACAACAGCAACAACCACAACAACAGUCACAGCCCAUAUCAAAUGGAGUAGAUAAUAAAAAAACUCAAUAAAAAAAAUUAAAUUAAAAUUAAUUAAUUAAUUAGCUUUAAAUUAAAAUAUCCUUCUAUAUAUACAUAUAUAUAUAUAUUAUUCUAGCUAUAUUAUAAAAUAUUUAAAUUUUAAAAUAAAAUUUUAAAAAAAUUCAUGCGGUUAAAGACAAUAAUUUAAAUUAAAAUGUAAAUUUAAAAAGCAAAAAAAAAACAAAAAAAAAGUUUAGUAAAUUAUAAAAAAUUUUUUAUUUUCUUCUAAAAAGAAAAACAAAGAUAUUAGAAAAGUUAAAUAUAAAAUUUUAAGAAGAAAAAUAAAAGCCAGCAUUGUAAAUAUGAAAAUUAAUUUUACUCUCAUAUAAAUUUAUUUUUAUAUAUAAAUAUUAUGUAUUUUAAUUAUAUUUAAUUAAAAUAUAAAUAAAAAAAAUGACUUGCCAGAGAUUGUAUGCCUAUAUAAAAAUACUUUUUAUCUAGAUUAAAUUUUUUCUAUUUUUUAAUAAUAUAAACGAAAAAAAAAAUAAUGAUUUAAGACUAAAAUAUUUUAUGUAUAUGAACUUAAUAAU